AUGGAAGAUACUCAUUCAGUCGGUGGUUCUGAUGUCCCCGAGGGCGUAUCCUCGGCAAACCCGCAUUCUCCUCGCCUGGCGCGAGCGUGCGAUGCCUGUCGAUUCCGCAAGAUUCGGUGUGACCGACGGUGCCCUUGUUCACAUUGUGCGGAAAAGAAGAUUGAGUGUAGACAUGCCGAAAUUAAGAUCAAAGAGAAGCGUACUCGCAUCCACUUCACUCCUCUUUAUGAAAAGAAAAUCGACCACAUCGAACGCCAACUCGAUGGCAUCAUCGAAAUCUUGAAUGAUCUCAAGGUAAGUCGGUCCGACAACAAACAACCUCGCCUACCAAGGGGUAUGCAAGCCCCGUCCAACGAGCCACAUACCACGCCAGCGGCAUCUAGGCAUGAAACCCAGGCCGAUUCGGCAGAGGGGCCAGUGAUGGAAGGGGACUCUUCAUUGACUGCCCACUCCGCUUUUGCCCACGACUUCCUGCAAAACUUCAUGGGCGCGGAUUCGGUACCGAAUUGCAGUCUAGAGAUGCGACAAACGCUCGAUGCACUUGCCCAUACGGUUGCUACACUUGAAAAGCAGACAGCCUCGAACGAAAUAAUUGGCUCUCACUUCACCCGUACCCCCCGUCUCCGGAUUCAAAAUUUUCAGCUUCCUCCCAUUGAGAAAGCGGUUUCCCUGAUACGCCUUGCAAAAUCCCAGAGCCUUGCUGGUGCCGGCUGGAUCUAUGAAUUUAUUCAAUUCAAUCAAUUUCCAGACAUGUGCCUCGGUGUCUAUUUCUCUGACGAUUAUCCCGUGGCCGAUUUUAUAUCUGUGAACGCCGGCCUGCAUUCUCUUUUCUGGGACUACGCGUUUAAACUGUCCGGGGAACCUAGGGAAGAAUACUUCGGCUUUGCUCACCUGUGCCGCGGGCAUCUAGAAACUGCGCUGGCUGAUCUGCCUCUGCAUCUGCCUGCAACCUCGAGCAUAAUUCUUGCACUCACUUUCGGCGCGUUCCACUUCGUCGAGCUCUCAAAGCCUUCCAUGGCCUGGAUUUAUUCAUCAAAGGCGUCCGAGUUAUGCCAGACACUGGGCUACCAUCGGAAUGUAUCCAUGAAGAGCGACUCGCAAGACACCCUGCAAUACAAACAAUUUCUCUUUUGGGGCAUCUACUUUCUCGACAAGAGCUUAUCACUUCGCCUAGGCAGAGCGUCAACUAUUCCUGACGGUGAUAUAACAAUACCUCGACCCUCAUCAAGCCACUGCAAUCAGGCACCUGUCAUGGCUUACUUCCCUUUGUGGAUCGAGUCUGCGCGAUGCCAAGGCAACAUAUAUGCGAUGCUAUACAGCCCUUCCUCACUUGCUCAACCUGACAAUGUGCGGCAUGAUAGAAUACGAAUUCUUGUGAAUGACCUACAGGCGUUGGACAAGACAACUCGAGACACCCAUAAUCACUGGAUCCAAGCCGCGAGGCAGACCUCGGGAGAAGACUUGAUAAACUUUUUCGCAGUCUCCGACGAUGUCCUCCGUCUAUCGCUCCUUACGCUGGUUCACCGGGCCACUCCACCGACGCAGCAACAACCCUCUUCCACGGCUUUCAGCUCAAACUGCAUCAAAGCGGCACAAGCCACUUUGCAGAGACAUCAUGACUGCAUGGAAGUGAUACACAAGAAUCAAGAUGUCUACUUCCCCAUGUAUAUUCAUUGGACCCUCCUUUUCGCGCCCUUUUCCCCCUUCAUCGUCAUAUUCUGUCACGUAAUCGAAACUCAAGAUCAGGGUUACCUAACUGACUUACAUGCAUUCGUCGAAUCCAUCAAAUCUGCACCAACUGUCUCAGAUGCUGCCGCUAGAAUGUACCGUCUUUUCUUAGUUCUCUACAACGUAGCGCUGCGCUACGUAGAGUUCCGUAAAUCCCAUCAGCCAGGCCAGACGCCAGCGUAUGGCGAGAUGGAUGAAUACCUCGCCGCAUUGGGACUAUCGGUACCGCUUUCAGUUGGAAUCCAUCAACAGGCGAUAGAGUCUCUGGAUACAGACACUGGACAUGAUUUUAUCGGACAGGAAUACAAGCAGAGGGAGGAGCCGACGAUAUCGAUUGGAAAUGAGGCAGAUUUGGAUGGCUGGUUCUCCAGUAACCGGGCUAUCAUGGGAUUGCUGCAGGAGUCGGAUUUUAAUAUUUCGCCUGGGGGUUGGAUAGGCUAA